ACCAGGGUGCAGUCAGUCAACCACUCGUGCUUCUCCUGCUACCAUCGAAGGUCCGAGAAAAGCUGGUUCUACUAUUGGAUCUGCGUACUACACAAGUAGAACUUUUGACUAGUAAUAGUGAGUUUUAGGCACAACGGCGGCCUUUACAGAUUAUACGUGUGAGUGGGGUGAUAAUCUCGGCGCACUGGACGACAGUAGAUACGGAGCGGGCGUCUCGCCAUGCCCACAGACCAAUAUGGAGUCUCCACAACUGUAUGAUAGUGCUGACUACAACAAGAAGAGUGCUGCUGGUCCAGUCAAGGUCAAAGGUGGCAACGUGCUGUACCCCGUGGACGACUACAGUGACCUGGCCGAGUUAAGCGCGCCAGAAAUCUCCCUGGAUCUACACAACCUGAUCGACGACUCCCACUUCAGCGAGGGCCUCAUUCAGGACAUCCAGGGACUGAGUGUGGACAAGCACAGCAGUGGUCCUCGAGGCCUGGCCGUCAACAACAUGUACAACCCCCUCGCCUACCUGCCCCAGCCAGUGCACGGCGCCUCCCAGUUCGAUCGUCAGUAUCCCGACCGAUCCCACAACGAUCGGCGAGCCAUCAAGGAGGAGCCCCACGAGGGACACCAAGAGGUGGCCACACACGAGUACAGCGCCUGUGCCAGGGUGGGGGCCAGUGGGUACAGCAUCCCCUACACGGGUGUGCCAGCCUACUCCAACAUGACUCCCACCACAGUGCCAGGAGCUGACAGUCUCUGUAGAUCACCCCUCAAGUCCCCCAGCAGCGGCAAAAUGAUGCCCAUCUGCAAGAAGAACAUGGACAAAGGCAGCGACGAGUACAAGCGACGACGGGAGAGGAAUAACAUCGCCGUCAGGAAGAGUCGAGAGAAGGCGAAGGCGAGGAGCCGCGAGACAGAGGAACGAGUUAAGAAACUGGUCAUGGAUAACGACAGGCUGCAUAAAAAGUGUGAGCUCCUCAGUAAAGAGGUGGCGGUGUUCCACAACAUGUUCGCCAGCGUACACUGUUUGCCUGAGCCGGUACAGCGGGAACUCCGCAAGCAGAUGGAUGCCUUCAACCAGCAGCAUCAACACCUGGUGAACAUGUGAUGCCGGCAACUCCACGCCCAAGCCCACGACCUCCCAGCCUGCGAUAGUCCCAGCAGCCCGGAAUCUGACGGCGACACCUCACCGCGCUACACGUGUCUUUAGACCGCAGCGCUGGCGCAGGCGGGUAAGGCGUGGCAACGGUUUGGACGUGUCCUUAGGAGCAGCAGCAGGACCAGCAGGAAGAGGGGAGCUGGGGGUGGGGUGAACACCUAGUCACCUUGUUACACUGUCCAGAGCCUCGCACUGACGGCGGGCCUUGGCAUUCAGCGGAGCCGACCGAAACGGCAUGGGCGUCACCCUAGUAUUCUCUUAGCCAAAAACUGUCUCUCUUGUCCCUGUGUGUAUAUAUAAUUUUAAAGUUAAGAGCCUAACUUAUAUGGACAGAAGAGGAAGAUCGAUGGCUGAGGGUGGUGGCCCCACCAAUGUGAUAAAGCGCCUCGGGAUGCCUAAACUUCAUUCAGACUGUCCCGUUUGAUUGUGUGAGAGACACAAGUGUGUAUGACAGAUUAUGAAAGUAUUUGACUCUAAAAUAUAUUUUAACGAAGAAAAAUAAAAUUUUUGUAUCUUUUAUUAGUAUAAAUAAAUAAAAAUGUUAAUGAAU